AUGUCUGCUUUGCAUCGGACUAAUUUGGAGGCUAGUCAAUACGUUCCUGACUACGCGUACCUCAGUCUAUCGGAAAUGGACAUUCUCCUAGGAGCCCCAACAGUAGUGGACAUCUCUCAAUGCUUUCUGAGCGAUACACCGAGACAUUUGUCCGCCAUUUUGUCUCCGCACCCCAACAAUAUGGGCGCUGAAAUUAACGUUAAUGAUCCAUCACAGUUCCAAGCAAUUGAGAAUAUCCAGAUACAUGAUGAUUCUGGCUCUACGACACAACAUAUCAGUGGCAUUAGCUCUAUCUACGGGGUCCAUGAGCUCAACACCGAUGGCGGGAUAGAACGGGCGUCCAACCACCAGGUCCCUGAAGAGGCCAAAUCGGAUUCUGCAGUGCCAUAUUUAGCCGAUGUGUCAGGCUGUAGCAAUGCGGAGUCUCGAAAUAGGUUAUAUCUUCAAGACCGUGCAAAAAUGUGA